CCAGCCACUUGUUAACAGGGCGGCCGCGUGAACGUAUUGCUUUCAGGUGCUGUACUUUUUACAGGAAAUACGUUUUCGCGUGUUUCAGAAGUUGCCUCCGCAAUAAAUCCUGCCUUUCUGAGCAAAUCGGAUUAUCGCAACUGACUGAAGAAGCACCUUUUCCCUGUUAUAAAUGAUCGUUGGCAGCAGGAAAAGGCGGCAGUCCUCGCCGAUCUCUUAGACAGGAACUCAGUCACUCUCCUCGGGGAUGGACGUUGUGACUCCCCAGGCUAUAGUGCCAAAUACGGAACUUACACCAUGAUGGACAAAGAGAGUGAGAAAAUUGUCGAUUUCGAAGUUUGCCAUGUAAAGCAGAGUACAAGUUCACAGGAAAUGAAUAAACUUGGUUUUAAGCUUUGUCUUGACCGCGCACUAAAUAGUGGCAUUCCUGUAGGAGUUGUAGGUACUGACAGGCACAGCGGUAUCAAAGCACUCAUGAGAAGCGAAUACAAGGACCUCGGUGUUGAGCACCAGGUAGACGUGUGGCACUUGACUAAGAACAUCAAGUCCAAGCUAGUCACGAAAGCCAACGAGAAAGAAUGCAAGGACCUCUCUCCUUGGAUAAAAUCCGUGACAAACCAUAUGUGGUGGUCAGCGAUGACAUGUGACGGAAAUCACCAGCUCCUUAAAGAGAAGUGGGUCAGCAUCCUCCACCACACGGCUGACAAACACGAUUGGGAUUCGACUGUGCUGUACAAUCGUUGUGCACACGAACCUAUUUCCCCAAGGGCACAUCGUAAAACGAAAUGGCUAAUCGUAGGUUCCCCGGCACACGAAGCGUUAAAACAUGUAGUGCUAGAGAAGAAACUCUUAAAGGAUUUGGACCUUCUAACGAAGACCAUCCAUACAGGGGCCUUGGAAGUGUACCAUUCACUCUACAACAAAUACGCGCCCAAGCGGCAACAUUUUGGAUUCCUGGGAAUGGUAGAACGUACACAGCUAACUGCUUUAGACCACAAUUCGGGCAUUGGUCGAUCUCAAGCAGAGGCUUCGAGUGGGGAGAAACGAUUCCGUUAUGUUUAUCCCAAGGGGAUGAAGGAUUGGGUUGUAAGGCCUGUUUUCGAAGAGAAGACCAAGCCGCACGUUACGGAAAUGCUAUGCUCAGUGUUGGAGAUGAGAGACACAGGAGAAGAGCCAGAGCAAGUUCAAGUCCCUGAUCUCUCAAAAAACAUCGCACCCAUUCCACGCCCACCUAAAGAGGACCUUCUCGCACGGCAUGUAUCCAGAUUUGUAAAAAAAUUGAGCAAGUGAAAAAAAUAGAAAUACAAAAAUCGAAUAGUCCGCCUAAAAUGCCACUAGAAUUUACAUUGUUAGUUUUCUAUUUUUGGAACAGACUGUUAAAGGUAUUUUAAUGAUUGGAACUGGAGCCGAUACCCCUAUAGCGCCAUGGACCUCCUUGAAUGUUUAAUAAAAACAAACACAAGUUUAUUGAUUAAACGUGACUGUCCCGGCCAUGAGUCAUUGUCCUCGGCAUCUUUGAAGCCUGUAUAAUUUCCGGCUGCAUCUGGGUAAUUACGUCUUAUUGAUGCCACAUCACACGAAGGAAUCACACGUCUGUUCCCUUUACCAAGUCUGUUAUAAGUCCACCAAGUAAACUGUCUAUAACCAGUAGUAGUAGUAACUACAAGUAUUUAAGCCAAUGAAUGAAGCUUAGUUUCUCCUAGCAGGCCUUUCAAUGAGUUUGAGAAAAGGAAGGAAAUAACAAUUAGUAGGCGGCCAAGUUAAAGGCUGGGAACUUUUCAAUCAAAAUGUCUCGGGUUUACAACAAGGAAUGUCGAAUCGAUCUUUACAUCUAAACCUGUCAGUGGUAAUUUAAUCUUUCGUUUCCACUCCAAACUGGGAAAUGUUGGCAAUUCAAAUUUUUCGAUCGUGUGAUAAUUAUCGAUUGAUUUUUCACCAGCACCUAUUUGAAAGGAGGUAAAUAUAUUAAGGCAUCUGUCAGCCGAGUAUCAACGAAUACUAUCGGUUGACAUGUCGACCUAGAGUUGGUCGAUAAUCAAUGGACAUAUCGACCGAUAGUCGGCCGACUGUCGGUCGCCACUUUGUUCAACCGACAUGUAAACCGAAAGUAUCGACCAAUUCUUGACCGACAGGUGAUAGAUACCCUAAAUACUCAUGAUCCAACUAGUCAACGGAUUUGGCUGGUUACUGGCUCUCAUUGAUAGCCCUGUGAUUCUGCCAAUAUGAGUACCUGUAAUAUUUUAUGUAAACAGUAAGGGAUCAACCUUGAAUAGAACGAAACGUGACCUUAGUAAAUGGACCCUUCAUAUAUCAGUAAAGGGGGUAAGUUUCUAAAGAGACUAUAACGGGGUAAUUCAAUAUUAUCAAUAAUGAACUGAGUUGAUAACGUAAAUUGGC